CUCACUCCGGCGCUUCCAGCGCGACGCUUGUUUCCGACCACUGGAAUCGCCUAACACCAUGCAUAGCCUAAAACUGCGCACUGGGCGCAGCGCGACUGCUGCAAGGCGCACAUCAAAUGCUUUGCGGCCUGUCCUCGCUUGUCCCACAAGCUUGACGACUAUACGGGGAAUGGAGGAGCACUGCAUGGCCAUUACCAGAGCCGUGUACACAAGCGCUGAGAACCUGCCUGAGCCCCUGUGGAAGGAGAACCAGCUCCGCUGGGCACGACCCAGCACAGUGCCGCGUGUGGACGCACCUGCCGAUGCCCCGCCCGUUGUCAUCCUGCCAGGCUUCGGGAACGCCACGACUGACUACACCGCGCCCUUCGGCAAUGAGGAGGCGGCCAUAGCCACCCGCCUGGCGGUCCGCGGCUGGCGGCCUUUCGUUGUGCCGGUCGAGCGCAAAGAUUGGUUCAAGGUGGCUCGCGCCAUCUUCACGCGCAAGUUUUGGUCGUCGCAGCUCACCACGGAGCCGGGCUACACCUGGUACCUGGAGCGUGUGGCGGACACGGUGGAGCAAGCGCUGCGGGAGACGGGCGCGGCGCAGGUGGUGCUGGUGGGCCACUCCGCGGGCGGCUGGCUGGGCCGCGCCUACCUGGCGGACCCGCGCUACCAGCACCAGGAUGGCGCAGGCGGUGACGACGCCGCCACCUCCGCCGCAGCGUCCAACUCCGCAUCGGCCGCCGCCGCCACCUCGCGGCCGCCGCCAGGCACGCAAGGUAGCCGGCCCAACCCGCGCGUGCGGGCGAUGGUGACGCUGGGCACGCCGCAGCGGCCGCCGCCUGCGGAGAAGAAGCGGGACAUGACAGGCGGCGCACAGGGCUGGGUGGACCGGUCCUACCCGGGCGCCCGCUUUGCUGAGGCGGGCGUGCGCUACGUGACGGUGUGCGGGCGCACGGUGCGGGGCCACCGGGAAUUCCCGCGGCAACGCAAGGGGCCGCGUAUCCCCGAGGAGUACGCCUACGACAGCUACACAGAGGUGUGCGGCGACGGCGAGGGCAUCGAGGGCGACUGUGUGGUGCCGCUGGGCAGCGCGCUGCUGCCGGGCGCGCGGCACGUGAUCCUAGACGGCGUGUACCACUCCAUGAGCCGCAUCGGCACCUUCGACGAGGAGUCGGGUGUGGUGUGGUACGGCAGCGAGGAUGUGUUGGACGCCUGGCUGGCGCCGUUGGUCGACGAGCUCCAGCAGGAGCCGGGGCCGGGCCGAGCGCGGUCAGGCAAUGCGGAGGUGCUGGUGGCGCGCGCAGGCGCGGAGGGCCAGGAGCUUGUGGCGUGAAGUAGGAGCAGCAACAGGAGCAGGAGCGGAAGGGGGGUGUGCGGCGGCGGGACAGAUGCAGUUAAACGGCUGGGGCGUGAGUGUACGAAUGUGCUUGUCUGUGUUUUAGGAAGGAAAUCCCCAGGAGAGGGCUUGAGAGAGGAAGGUUGCAAUUCACAAGCAGUGUCUGAAUGUUGCGUUUGGGCGAUCUUGUUCACAGGGUUCGCAGUUGUCGGAUGAGCUUCAUGGGCGGUCGUAACUUACAUUACGAACGGUGUUUUGCAAUUUUGUUGUUUGAUGAUUUUGAGGGCGCAAGAGGUCAGGGACGCGUCCGGACGUACUGGCUGGUACGUGUGGUAAGGGCGCGCUGAAAGCGUGGCACAAGAGACAGAGUGUGAAGUAGUAAGAGAGUCUUGAAUGCAGGAGAGGGCAAACCGAAGGAGUAGUCGUACACUCGUACUUGCAAGCUGUGAGGGGAGGCAUGGCAUAUGUUAUGGACGGCUCCUGGCAGC